AUGGGGAAUGCAAACAGCUCCCAUAAGAUCUCUGCUCAGGAUCGAGCGAUCCUCGACCUCAAGAACCAACGCGACAAGCUCCGCCAGUACCAGAAGCGGAUCACCGUGCUGACGGACCGGGAGACGGCGAUCGCCAAGGCAUGCCUGGCGCGGGACGACCGCAAGCGAGCCCUGCUUGCCCUGCGCCGCAAGAAGUACCAGGAGUCGCUGCUGGAGAAAACCGACAAGCAGCUGGAGCAGCUGGAGCAGCUCACGGGCCAGAUCGAGUUCGCGCUCGUGCAGAAGGACGUGCUCUUCGGCCUGCAGCAGGGCACGCAGGUGCUGCAGACCAUCAACCGGGAGAUGGGCGGCAUCGAGGGGGUCGAGAAGCUGAUGGGCGAAACAGAGGAGGCGCGGGCUUAUCAGGAGGAGAUCAGUCAGAUGCUUGCCGGUCGUCUGUCCAGGGAGGACGAAGACGAGGUCGAAGAGGAGUUGGAGGAGUUGCAGCGCCAGGCACAAGGGCCAGUGGUAUUGCCGAGUGCGCCGAUCUCGUCGCUUCCAGAGGUUGGAGAGGAGGAGGCAGCAGAGACGGGAGAAGCGCAGGCCGAGCCAUCAUCCAAUGGACGAAAGGUCAAGGCCGAAGAGCGAACCGCUGUCCUGGCAUGA